UCCAAGCUCUCCUCAUCAAAAACAGAGCUAAGUUACUUCCCAUUCCUCUCACUCAUCAUUUCCAAGAGGUUAGUUCUCCAAGUACUUGCUCCCAACAUGAAAGACAUGGCGCUGCUCUUCGUAUCCGCGGUGUUCCUCGGGGCUCUUGCUUCCGCAUCUGCGGGUAAUUUCUACCAGGAUUUCGACAUCACCUGGGGCGACCAGCGCGCGAAGAUACUGAACGGUGGCCGAGACCUCACACUCUCUCUUGAUAGGGCUUCUGGCUCUGGUUUCAAGUCCAAGAACGAGUACCUGUUCGGGAGGAUCGAUGUGCAGAUCAAGCUUGUCCCUGGCAACUCUGCUGGCACUGUCACCGCGUAUUAUUUAUCUUCGCAAGGGCCGACCCACGAUGAGAUCGACUUUGAGUUCCUCGGCAACCUGUCGGGGAACCCGUAUACGCUCCACACCAACGUGUUCGCCCAGGGGAAAGGGAACCGGGAGCAGCAGUUCCAUCUCUGGUUCGACCCCACCAAGGCCUUCCACACCUACUCCAUCGUCUGGAAUGCUCAGCGAAUCAUAUUCUUGGUGGAUAACAUUCCGAUAAGAGUAUUCAACAACUUGGAAUCGAUUGGAAUCCCCUUCCCCAAGAACCAGCCCAUGAGGAUAUACUCGAGCCUGUGGAACGCCGACGACUGGGCCACCAUGGGUGGACGUGUGAAGACUGACUGGUCGAACGCUCCCUUUACGGCUUCCUUCAAGAACUUCAACGCCAAUGCCUGUGUGCGGGCACCUGGCUCGUCAUCCUGCACGAGGACGGACCCCAACCAGGACAGCGCCUGGCAGGACCAAUCUCUGGAUGCCUCGGGGAGGAACCGGCUCCGGUGGGUCCAACAGAAGUACAUGGUCUACAACUACUGCACUGACGUGAAACGGUUCCCCCAGGGUCUACCGGCCGAGUGCAAGCGCUCCAGGUUCCUCUAGAGAGCCAAUCGUGCCACUUUCUCCAUGUCGAUGGUCGAUUCUUUAAAUGCCUCUUGUAAUUGAGUCUACGAUGAAAUUCUUUAUUCUUUCUGUAACUAAUUCAUAAAAACAGUUUCACACGGCUUCAGUAUUAAACAUUGCUCCUUUAUUGAACCAUAUUCCACCA